CAAGCAGUUUCCAAUCGAACUUCAGCGAAUGCGGUAACGUUGCACUGCAAGAAUCAAAUUAUAUAGCCCAUAUACUUGAUAACAAGUACAUAAGUGCCGGUCGGACAUUGCCCAUAUUGUCAUUAUACAGUGCAUUACAUCUUAAAUACUCAAAUAUGAAGCAAAUUUUAUUGUUGGUUGCUGCCUUCACCUUUGUGGCAUACGUCAGUUGCGAUAGCUGCGUGCAAUGCGACUCCGGCUCGGAUGUGAAAUGCGCCACGGAUCCGAUCAAUCUGCCGCAGUUGGCGUGCGCCAACAAUAGCAACACCGAUCGAAGAUGCUACUCCCGCGUCGUCAAUGGAUUCACCUUGCGCGGCUGCGUCGGCGAGCUGAACAACAAGACACUGGCCAGUUGCAACAACGAGAUGGAGUGCGAUACUUGCGGCUUUGAUGGCUGCAAUCGUCAGAUCUUUCCCAUGCAUCGCGCUCAGUGCCUGCAGUGCUCGGGCAACUCGAGCAACUCCAGCUGCGCCAUUGAAGUCUAUGCCAUGAGCAAGGCCUGCCCCAUCUACAAGCUCGGCGAGAAGUGCUACAUUCGCAACAGUCGCCGUGUGGCGAACGGCUCCUUCCAGCGCGGCUGCCUGAGCAGCGCUCAUGCCAACAAGCAGUGCGUCAAGGAUGGCAACUGCUACACCUGCGAGGGACGCGGCUGCAAUUUCCUGCAGGCCAACGAUACGCUCAUUCCGCAGGCACGUGACUCCGCUGUGUCCGUUAUGCUAUCCGCCGGACUGCUGCUCAGCACUUUGCUGGCCAACUCGCUGCUCUAAGCGCGCGCGCACAUUCGAGUUUGAUUAUUAACUUAAAUUUGCCAAUGCAAUUAACUUUUUGUGCAUGGCUUGCUUCCUUUUUUUUUUUUA